UGGAGAUAAUCGGUUUCUAAAUCAGCAGAUGUUAAGAUAAUUCAAUAUCCAAAUAGUUAAUCUUUCUUCGUAGUCAAUUAGAGAUUUAAUCGUCAAUUAAAAAUGAAAAUAGGGCCUUAUUCGGGUGUGGCGUUUUCAUUUCCUUUUACGGUUAUCUGCACCGUUUUUCUUUUAUCCGGUCUCCAAAUCGGGACUUGCAGCUGGUGGACAUGACUGAAAUUUUCGUAGAACGAAGUAUUUUACAGUCGAUAUAAUCCAAGGGUGGGUUCAGCUGAGACUGAUUACUUGUUCACCCCCGUUUCAUGACGCACCAAAUAAUAGCAUAUUUACAAGGCCGGUCUAAUUGCAAGACGGGUUUUUGCUCAACAUUGAUAAUAAGGUUACGGGCGUCACUGGUCAACCUGCCAACCAUUGCGAGUCCGCAUUGAACCCAUUAUUCGAUGAAUUAAGAAUGAUUUUUUAGCUCAGUACAACUUCGGAAAUGUUUUGAAAAACUACAUUGCGUUUUUCCAUAUUGUUACAAGGUAUAACCUAGCAAUCGAAAAGUGUUUCAGAUACAGAUCGCAACGCAAAUUUGGAUUUCUUGAAGGGUGCACUGCAUGGAUCUUCGUCUCUGCCUUCAGGGAAUUUUCGAUUCAAAAGGAAGGGCUUCACGUGCCGGCCGGCUCGCACAUUUGCCUGUUGAUUGCUCACUUGGACGCAUUUAGAAAGCAUUUCGACAGGAAAAUAACAUGAAAAUGACUGAUAAAAUGAAUUGAAGGCACAAUCUUGGAAAUAAAGCAAUGGGAGCGCUAAAGACAGUUGGUAACGUCUGGUUUAAGGCAUUGUUUCGAAGGAAAAAGCUCAACCAUUCAAGCCAGCCUACAUUUGGCCUAGCUAGGUGCCUCACCACUAGUCAUCUGAUAUCUUUGGGAGUCGGCGCCACUCUUGGAGCCGGCACGUAUGUUGUCACCGGUCAGGUGGCGGCAAAUAUCGCCGGACCAUCAGUCACGAUUUCAUUUGCCAUUGCAGCAUUCACCUCUAUAUUGUCCGGGCUGUGCUACGCCGAGUUCGGAUCGCGGGUACCCAAAACAACAGGCAGUGCGUAUACUUACAGCUAUGUCACCGUUGGGGAAAUAUGGGCCUUUGUUAUCGGCUGGAACUUGAUUCUUGAAUACAUGAUUGGCACUGCAGCGGAUGCUGCUGCCUUAUCCGGUGCAUUUGACUAUGCCAUUGGAUACAGGGUGCGGAAUUUCACAAUAACACACAUCGGAUCAUUCAAUACGCCCUACAUAGGGGAAUACCCGGAUUUUUUAUCGUUUAUCUUCACUAUUAUCGUGACUAUAAUUUUAGCUUGUGGUGUCAGAGAAUCGGCCCAGUUUACCUCGCUGUUUAAUAUUUUCAAUGUGUUAGUCGUUAUCUUCAUUAUCAUCACCGGCUUCUUUCACGUGGAUAUCAAGAACUGGACAGAAGGCGACGGCUUUUUUCCAUAUGGCGGAAUGGGCGUCUUGUCAGGAGCAGCGACCUGUUUUUACGCUUUCGUUGGCUUUGAUGUCAUAGCAACAACAGGCGAAGAGGCGACAAAUGCACCGAAGUCCAUUCCAAUAGCAAUCGUUGCUUCGUUACUGAUAGUUUUCGUUGCAUAUUUCGGCGUUUCGUCGGUAAUUACACUUAUGGUUCCGUACAAUUUACUAGACAAACAUUCUCCAAUCCCUGAUGCAUUCAAGCAACGAGGACUUCCUUGGGCUAAUUACAUAAUAUCAAUAGGUGCAAUUUGCGGACUGUCCUCUAGUCUGCUUGGCAAUCUGUUCCCGUUGCCGCGAGUAAUCUUGGCCAUGUCCCAGGAUGGCCUACUUUUUGAAUGUUUCGGGAGAGUCAACAAACGGACUGAAGUGCCAGUGAAUGCCACUGUGUACCCUGGAAUUCUCACGGCAUUUUUCGCAUUGUUAUUUGACCUUCAAGAACUUGUUGAAAUGAUGAGUAUAGGGACGUUACUGGCUUACAGCCUCGUUUCACUUUGUGUGUUGAUAUUGCGCUAUCAGCCGGAUGAUCACAUUCAAAGAUCCCACGAGGACACUGAGGAGCAGCACGAAGUGAUUGCCGUUGAAACAGUUGACAAGAAAGAGACUUUGAGCAAGAGUCCGGUUAAAGAAACCGAAUCAAAUGUUGCAGAAAUACAAGCUUUUGAUACAUUCUCAUAUGAAGACAGAACUGAGGACAGUGAAAGUUCUUUUUUGCUAGGGGACUCUAAAUUAACGCCGACUGAAGGAAUAGAGCCAUCAGAAGACAAAGGGCAUGAUAGAUCAAAAGGACCUUCAAGAUUUACAGGAAGGAUAGCCUCGUGUUCAUCCAUCCUGUUGUUGCUAUGGUUUUUCGGCUUCAACAGCACGUUGAUAUUCGCAUUUGAUGAAAUUUUGGAUAAGAGAGUCUUGUAUUUAACUAUUCUAAUUAUUUUCGGAGUGUUAAGCAUCGGGACAAUCUGUGUGAUUGCAUCAAUGCCACAAUCGAAGACUAAGAUUGGCUUCAUGGCACCUUGCAUCCCUGGAAUGCCGAUUCUAGCUAUAUACUGCAAUAUAUUUCUAAUGCUGCGACUUUCCAUGAUAACUUGGGUUCGUUUCGGUGUGUGGAUGCUUAUAGGUGCUCUAAUUUACCUCUUCUAUGGAACAUGGUCCAGCAAGACAGGAAUUCAAAAUGCAAAAGAUGAGAAAGAGCAGCUGAGCGAGUUAAAUUGAAGGGCCUGGCAUCUUUCUUGGAUGGAGACUUUUGUAACCAUGGCUAGUCCAGCGCACAGCUCAACUAGCUAUAGGGCUGAUCCUAGGAAUAAACUUUAGCAGACUUUCCUCUUGGGUACCAAACCUUUCCCAACCUAGUAUCACACUGAAAACGUUUAGCAGUAAAGAAUUUCACAUCAUAUACUAUUUGGGGCCUCCAACAACGCCCCCUCCCUAGUUUUUCCAAACAACGUUUUUUUAGCAAAUCUUUUGUUAUCAGUCUUGAAUUUGCCCUUGCUCUACCCCACUUCCCAAUUUGCGUUAGCUGGUCACUGAGAUAAAUACGUUGGUGGUUUGUUUGCCCUCAUGUCUAAGAAACAGAACUCUCAGAAAUUGAUUCUUUAUCAAGGACUUUCAAGACAAUUCAAUAUCGAUAAUUUGAAAAACCCAUUAAACUGAAAUUGAAUUUUUCUUGCUGUGUGCUCGAAUAAAUUAGCCAAAUCUAGAUCUUGAAAGUUUUUUUCCAAUCAUAGAUAUGAACCAAUGAAUUAGAAUAUAAACAAAAUCAAUGCUGUAUUAAAUAAUAACUUAAAACAACUGAUGUAUUUCUUUAGUAAUUUCAUAAAAACUGACAUUUUUAAA